AUGAUAGAUUGGUUAUUGUUAAAAGAUACCUGUUUUCACUUCUGUUUAUGUGUAAAAAAUAAAAAACAAAUUCAAGAAUUCUCACAAGCAAACUUGGAUUAUCCACUGCACUCCAAUGCACUAGCGGAUGUGCCAAAGGUCCUUGUAGACAUUGUUGAAUCACUCAUUGGUGAUGUUUUCAUUUAUUGCAACUCUUCAAUUGAUAUAGUUUGGAAGGUGUUCAAGGAUUUGUUGAAACCCAUAAUUAGUCAAGAAACGCUCAAGAUAUAUCCAGUAAUGGAGUUGUAUGAAGUAUGUCAAAAGAAACAUUUGAAAGCGAAAUUCAUGGACAUGUGGAGAGAAAGCAUAGCUUUCGAUAUGUUCAUAGAUGAUCAGCUUGUGGGAAGAGUAACCCAUGACCUCAAGAAAGAAAUUGCUUAUAAUAGAGCAACCAAGGAUGCAUUAGAAAACAUUGGAAGAAUAUUGGGCAAGAAAGACAGUACAGAUGAAUCAUGA